CAUCCUGUUUGCAGACAUGCAGCUUGGCUUCUGUAACAAGUGAGCAUUCAUUACGAUGCGUUUGUCACUGGGAUAAUUGUUCCUGCCGCAGCUGCCUCCACCGGGACCGGGGCUCUGUCGGUGUUUUUGCUCAGUAGUGCGCUACGGUCUGUGAGCUGAUGAAUGGCGGCACCCGCCCGGAAUACGCAAGCGCCGUAGGUGCUCCAGAGUUUGCCUUCCUGACAAAUAUUCUUCCCAAUUGUGGCCUCGGCUUGUAGGAGGUUUCGGAGCAGGUGGAAAGGAAAUAAACAAGCGACCGUAUUAAGGGUGGAGCUGCUGUGAUCUGAGGCACCAUCCCUACAUGCCUGUACCAGUCUAAGGACUCCAGUAGUAGCUUUUAACCACCACCUCCACACUACCACAGAACCAUAGGGUCCAACCCUGGCCUCUGCUCUGAGGAACCACCUAACCACCCUCCACACACAUAGAUGGUUCUAGAAGAAGCACUGAGCUGCUUGUCUCCCACACGACGGCAGACGAUGCGUUUUGCCUAAACCCAUCCCCCCUCUUCCGCCCAACCAAUCCGAGGCAGUCAUGAAUCCCCAGGAGGCGGAGUUAGGCCAGGAACUGAGCGAGGACAUGGAAGCCGACCUGCCCCCUCCUCAACGCCGUCGCCACGACAACAACACUGGCACAAACAACAGGCGACCCCGGCAGCCUAGCAACCACAGUAGUGAAAACAACAACCACAACCACGCUGCUCCGCGCUACAGGAGGUAUAAUGAGGCCCCUGGUGCAGGUGGAAGCAGGAUCAGAGGGGCCCCACAGCGGAGGUCAACAGAGGAGCCAGAGGCAGAGCUGCACCAGGGAGCCCAGUCUACUCCCCAGCAGCCCCAGCCUCAGCCCCAGCCUCAGCCCCAGCAGGCCCAGGGUCAGUCUCAGCCCAUCCCGCGACCUGCAGUGACACGUUACCGCAGACAGGGGGACAGUGAGGCCAAGCUCAGAGCACAGCAGCAGAGACACACACAGAGACAGCAGAGAGAGGCUGAGAGGGCGCAGCAACAACAACUAACCCCACCAGCCCCACAGCCUGUUCACACUCUACCCCCACAACGAGAUGAGCCGGAGGAGGCUGAGGGGGAGAGAGAGGGGGAGAAAGAGAGGGUGAGAGAGGGGGAUGAUUCUGCAUUAGCUUGUUCUGCCAGCAGGGAGAGCGGUUUCCACACACACACAGACCAGGCGGAGGGCGACGCCGUCAUGGCUCUAGAUCCUGAGGCGGAGGACAAGGGCGGUACCUACAUGGUGACGCUUCGCCCAGAGGCAGAGGGAUACACAGAGAGUGCUGAGUCAGAGCAACAACACAUCCACCCCCACCCCAACCUGAACCUCAACUACCCCCCUCAGCCCCCUCCCUUACCCCGGGAACCCCUACCAGACAUUGGGAGAGUCCCCAGUCAGGAGGAGGCAGAGGAGGCCCUGAACCCUGGAGGUUACUCCAAUUACGUCUACACCCAGCCUCUCUAUCAUCGUGGGGGAGGGUCCAGCGGAACAGGGGGGCGGGACAGCAGCGUGGAGGAAGGGGUGGAGCCAGAAGAUGAGGCGUAUUCCGAAGCCUACGACUACUCCCUGACAGAACAUGUCUACGAGGAGAUCGGUGAUGCUCCCUCUCCCUCCGCAAAGGGGGCAGAGCCUACGGAUGCCAAUGAGAACCUCCAGCAGAGGAAGGCGGGGUUCCGUCUGUUCGAGGGGCGGGACGGAGGCGGGGACUACCGACAGCAGGAGGCGGUGGGGUCACGGCUCCACCACUAUGAUGAACGCUCGGACGGGGAGUCAGACAGCCCGGAGAAGGAGGCAGAGUUUGCUCCGUACCCACGGGCAGACAGUUGCGACCAGGAUGGUGAAGAGGACAUCGACAUGAUCGUAGCCGAGGUCAGAGAGAGUCUCAGCUCUCAGAGUCUGGAGAGAGCUGUUGCCGAGCUAGGGGAGGGAGGAGAGGAUGAAGACAUGAUGGAAGGAGGAGAGGAAGAGGAGGGAGAGUGGCCCGAAUCCGAACACGCUCACAAUUCUCAAUCCGAUCCCCCCACAGACUCCACAUACCCCAAGGGAGAGAUAGAAGGACAGGGAGAUGAGAGUGAAGGAGAGAGCAUCCCACCCCCAGCAGACAGUCCCUCUGAGGACUGGUCUGGGGUUCGUAACAGUCGUGAGAAGAGAGACGCCAUCUCCCUGGCCAUAAAGGACAUCAAGGAGGCCAUAGAGGAGGUGAAGACCAGGACGGUGAGGUCCCCCUACACCCCUGAUGAACCUAAAGAGCCCAUCUGGGUGAUGAGACAGGACCUGAGCCCCACCACUGAGUGCUGUGACCUGCAGCCCUCACUAGGGGGCGACUCUCCAGGCUCAGACUCUCAGGCCUCUCCUCAGGGGGCGGGGUCUUCCAUCCGGACGCCCAUGCUCGAGGGGAGUGACAGCUUCGAGUCUCCACCCCCCUCCACUAAAGAGUCCAGGAGAAACCUCGCCUCCUUCCCUACCUAUGUAGAAGUCCCAGGUCCGUGUGACCCAGAGGACCUGAUCGAUGGGAUCAUCUUUGCUGCUAACUACCUGGGCUCCACCCAGCUGCUGUCUGACAAGACCCCGUCCAAGAAUGUCCGCAUGAUGCAGGCCCAGGAGGCCGUCAGCCACAUCAAGCAGACUCCAGAGGGUGAGGCCCAGCCCAUGACGGAGGUGGAUCUCUUCAUCUCCACCCAGAGGAUCAAAGUCCUCAACGCUGACUCACAGGAGACCAUGAUGGACCACCCCCUGAGGACCAUCUCCUACAUCGCUGACAUCGGCAAUAUCGUGGUUCUGAUGGCGAGACGCCGUAUUAUGCCCCGCCCAGACUCAACGGACAGCGUGGAGGUGUCUGAACCUGACCAGGAGGAGAAACAAAGCCAGUACAAGAUGAUUUGCCAUAUCUUCGAGUCGGAGGACGCCCAGCUGAUAGCCCAGUCUAUAGGCCAGGCCUUCAGUGUGGCAUACCAGGAGUUCUUGAGGGCUAACGGCAUCAACCCAGAGGACCUGAGUCAGAAGGAGUACAGUGACCUGCUCAACACUCAGGACAUGUACAAUGAUGACCUCAUACACUUCUCCAAGUCUGAGAACUGCAAAGACGUUUACAUUGAGAAGCAGAAGGGUGAGAUUCUGGGCGUGGUGAUCGUGGAGAGUGGGUGGGGCUCCAUCCUGCCCACGGUCAUCAUCGCCAACAUGAUGCAUGCUGGUCCGUCUGAGAAGUCUGGUCGUCUGAACAUCGGAGACCAGAUCAUGUCCAUCAACGGGACCAGUCUGGUGGGACUACCCCUGUCUACCUGCCAGACUAUUAUUAAGGGUCUGAAGAACCAGUCUUGUAUCAAGCUGAACAUCGUCAGGUGUCCUCCCGUAACCACGGUGCUCAUCAGACGACCUGACCUCAGAUACCAGCUGGGCUUCAGCGUACAGAACGGCAUUAUCUGCAGCCUUAUGCGAGGGGGCAUCGCUGAGAGGGGAGGGGUCAGGGUCGGCCACCGCAUCAUCGAGAUCAACAGCCAGAGCGUAGUGGCCACGCCUCACGAGAAGAUCGUCCACAUCCUGUCCAACGCCGUGGGAGAGAUCCACAUGAAGACGAUGCCAGCUGCCAUGUACCGCCUGCUAACUGCCCAGGAGCAACCCGUUUACAUCUAGAACUGACCUCACCCUCUGACCCCUGACAUCCAACCUCACCCCAUGAUUACCUCACCCCUGACCCUUCACCUUUGACCUCUUAUCCUGACCCCUGACCCCAAGCAUCAUUGCACCCUCUGUGUCUGAGCAAUUCCUCCCCCUCUCCCCAAACCCCAGCUCACCAUUGGAGAAUGAAGCUUCUAAAGCCUUACGAGUGGACCUAUCAUGUGCUCUGGAUUACUCUCCAAGCCGAUUGUCCCGAGGGUCAUUUCCUGCCCUUUUCUCUCAUCUCUCUCUCUCUCUCUCUCUCUCUCUCUGUCUCUUUCUCUCUCUCGGUCUCUCUCUCUCUCUCUG